AGCCCCGCCCCAGGAUCAGCUAAGCGACCAAUCAGACACCGUGGCUUCUCCUAACCCUGGUUGCCAGAUAGACAACGAAUCCACCACAUGUUUUUCUCCUCACAGUGUACUGAGUGAUGUAGAAACGAGUCUCUCUGGCCUGAGUAGAGGUUUAAAGACACUACAUGUUGUCUAACCUCGCUGUCCACGUGCCUUAACAGUCAUAUCAGUCAUAACAGCCACCUUUUUUUUUUUUGGCUUUUCUCUCCUCCCUUUUCUCCCUUUGUUUUUGGCCAAUACUCAUCCAAUAGCCAGGUCACUAUUACACAACAGCAGGAAGGCUAAUGCUAAGUUCACACAUACAAAACUAGCAGAGAUCUUUAAUUUAAAGUGAGAGUUGGUGACUUCUGGUGACAUGAGCGUCAGCGAGCGUCAGCAACUAGAUUGUCCAGCAGCGCAACAACGUUGAGAAAAGUUUAUGCAAAUAUGGAGUGACUUGGAAUGUGUGUGUGUGUAAAAUUGCUGUAUAUGUGAUCAUGCUUCCUCUGAUACACCUCAAACCAACCAACCAACCCAGGGCAGUGUAGCACACUCAGAGGAAAGCAGUUUGCCCUCUUCCACAUAUAUAAGCUCAUAAAAUGCCAACGAUUGGCUAGUGUUGCUGUGAUUGACAAGGGAUCAUGCAUGUGCCCCUCCCACCCAGCCAUCUCAAUCACCAUUCCUGUCCAAACUGUAAACUGCAUGUAGCAGCUCUAAUUUGGGAAGGUGGGUGUGUGAGAUUACAUGAUUCCCAGGACUGUGUAGAGACUGUUAGGGUUGGGGUGGGGGUAAAGGUUGUCCAGAGAAAAGGGAGGAUGAGGGGUCUAUUGAAUUCCUCCUGCUUGCCCUAAUCCAAUUUAAUCUAAUCUGAUCAAGACAUCACCAGAAUAAUAAAUUCAAUGAAAUGCAAGUAAAUAACCUGCUGUUGUUGUUGUCAUGGUGACUGUAUGGGUCAAAUACAUGUUUCCUUAAACCCUUUUUCCCAACCAGAAAUUGUUCAAGGUGUUGCUGAAAAUCACAAUCUGGCAUCACCAUGUGAAGAUUGACCCCGCCCACUUCUCCCUAAUUCUGAAAUUCUGAAUUUGUCCCUGUAUCAGUCCACAUCAUGAAGUAAUGUUAAAGGAGCGAAAUGAAACGAAACACACACAAAUCACACACUCUUAGCAAAAUAAGUCUUUGUUCCCAAACCUGAGGCUUUAGGAAAUCUAAAGAGUUUAUGAUUAAAUUGGAUAGAUUAUGAUUUUUCCAAAAAGAAAUAAAAAAUCCAUAACAGUAAAAGACCAGGUUUUUGGUUUUGUACCCAAGCUUGCUGUGUGAGAGAGACACUCAAGGUCUUGUUGGUAUAUGACACCGGUGAUAGAGAUGAUGGAGAUGAGGCAGCAGGAAGUAUCAGUUGUGGCGGAGGACAGAGACCGAGACCGAGAGAGAGUCAGAUUUCUCGCCUCGGGUUACAGGAGCAGGGUCUAAACCGCAGAGGUCUACUACACUGAACCAUUUCACUGAUGACUACAAAGACACCAUAGAGAGCAAGAGGCAGAAUUAAAAAAAAAAAAAACAUCAACUCCAAAGUGACUACAGGAUGACGGGAUCAGGAGUGGCACUGAGGCUUCAUGAGUUUAAAGAAAGAAAUGCCAUCGGUCAGCAUCCUGGAGCAGUCCUGCGGCCAGGCAGGGACGUGAAGGGACUGUAUCCUGGACAGCUAGCCAGAGUUCACGUCAUUCCCUCACCAUGGCAGAGGAUGAAUCUACGGUGUAUGAAGUGUCCACAAGAGGAAGAACAAACAUACCAGCGAAGCUUCGACCUUCUCACGCUACAGGCCCAGGAGCUGAGAGCAACACACACACCUCAUACACAGCCGACAUCUCACACUGUGUACCAGCAGGAGUUCGGCCGCCAGACUCACCUCUAUUCGCCUGAUGACACCAAGAUGACCCUGAUUUCCCAUCCUGCUCCUCUGCAACAGAGCUACAAUUUCAGAUCUCACUAGCGCCUUAAACAGGAAAAUAUACUCACUGACCACUUUAUUAUGAACACCUGUACAUUUGCACAUUCAUGCAGCUGUCCAAUCAGCCAUUUAUUUUAACAAGACAAUGUCUGUAAUCAUGCAGGUGCAGGUCAAGAGCUUCACUUAAUGUUCACACCAGACAAAAGAAGAUAAAGUCUGAUAUCUGUAAACUUCUGCAAUUUUCACACACAAAUGUGUCUAGAGUUUACUAAGAGUGUUGCAAAAAACAAAAAACACCCAGUAUACUGUAGAUAGAUAGACAGACAGGCAGGCAGGCAGUGAGUUUUUAGUAAAGCGGUCAGUGAGUUUAUAUACAGUGACAUACAGAGACAUACAGUUGAUACAGAUAUAUAGUCUUAUUGCACACAUGACCUCAUUUGUCACCAAUUUACAAACUGAAUUUCCACAGAAAAGAAAAGCGUUUGGUGACCCAAAACAAACACGUCCCUCCCUUAGAUACUCAAACAGUGAUGCUGCAUUUAACUUGUUCAAAGCAAGCAAACACGUGUAGCACACACUAAUCUCCCUGAUAGCGAUUAAGAUCAUGUAAGAAAAGAGGUAGAUUUCUUCCUAGUCCUUUUACGAUAAAGUUCUACCCUAAAGCAUUCUUUGGCUUGUUCCCUCAGGGUUUGGUUGAAGCUGUAAUGGGAGCAUGGUGGUUAGCAUGUUCACCUCACACUUACAGGGGUUUGAUUCCCGACUCCGCCCUGUGUAUGUGGAGGUUAUCUGUUCUCUCCGUGCUUUUGGGAGCUUCCUCAGAGUUCUCCCGGUUCCUCCCUGAGUCCAAACUCAUGCUGUAGGCUGACUGGCGUCAUUAUGAAAGCAGGUUGUUGUUUGAGACAAAUUAUUAAUUAUUAUUAGUAGUAGUUAUUAUUAUUUUCUUUGGUUUGUUGAAAAUAUACAGUGCAAUUUAGAUCAGUUCUACUGUAGAUGUAGAAGAUUUCCUUUCUUUGUGUUAAAUUAUUGACUA